GGCGAUAAAGGAAUUAAUUAAAGAAAGAAAGAACACUGCCUAAAGAAAAACAUUUUUUUCUUAAUAAUGAUAUUGUUCUCUCCAGGGAAGAGGAACGACAGUGCGUAAUGUUCGUUCAUUUGAGAGAGUCAGUCGCCGCCCCACUAAAAGAAAAAAAAAAAAUCUUAUUUUUUUCUUCUAUUCUUCUGGGUAGACAUUAGGACCGCGCAGACUCUACGGCUGGAGCGGUACAUUACUCCAGUGUACAUGCCCUAAACAACGGGGAACGGGGGGAUCGACCCGGAGAUUUUUUUCACCGACGACUUUUUGCACUUCUAAUCUGGAGGAACUGGUGUGAAUGGAGUUCACGAAUCCCUUCCUCAGCCCUGAGCACACUGAAUCAACUUAAAUCAUAUCUUCUCUGAACACAGAAGAGUGUGGGUCACUUUUUGGCUUUUUCCGUUUGAUGAGGACCCACUGUUGAUCUUGUAUCCCCCUCUCUCUUUGUGCGCCCUCCCGGUUCUCCAUUCGCCAGACGCGAAGCAGCAGAGCCGCAUCACCAUCAUCAUCAUCAACAACGGCGCUCGCGCUGCUGCUUCUGAGUCCCUGCGCGUGCAGUCAGGACCCGUGCGACCCGCUAUCCCACCACCAUGAAUUCGGAUAUUAACAUGUAUUUGGGACGAGAGAAGGCGGGAAUCAUGCGAAAAAGAGCCUUGCUACUCAGGAAGGGCUGCAGUUUCGAAAUAACGAGCUCAGCGUCAGAGGAUCUCGGAUGCAGGAGAGGAGAAUUCAGCCGGAAACACUAUGGAUCAGUUGAACUGCUCAUCUCCAGUGAUGCAGAUGGGGCCAUACAGAGAGCUGGCAGAUUCAGAGUGGAGAAUGGUUCAAUCGAUGAAAUCUCUGACUACACGCCUGGAACGUGGAGGAGAACUGAUGUCCAUCUGGAGAACCCAGAGUACCACACCAGAUGGUACUUCAAGUACUUCCUGGGAAAAGUUCAUCAAAACUACGUGGGCACAGAUGCAGAGAAAAACCCUUUCUUUCUGUCUGUGGUUCUGUCAGACCAGAACAACCAGAGGGUCCCGCAGUAUCGAGCCAUCCUCUGGCGCAAGACGGGUACUCUGAAAAUCAGCCUUCCAUACAGCCCAACAAAAACACUAUCAGUUAAAUCCAUAUUAAGUGCCAUGAAUGUGGAUCGUUUUGAGAAGGGCCCGAGGGAAAUCCUCAACCCAGAGAUUCAGAAGGACUUACUGGUGCUGGAGGAGCAAGAGGGAAGCGUUAACUUUAAAUUUGGUGUUCUUUAUGCCAAGGACGGACAGUUGACAGAUGAUGAAAUGUUCAGCAAUGAAAUGGGAAGUGAGACCUUUGAGAAAUUUCUGAAUCUCCUUGGUGAUACGAUCUGUCUACAGGGCUGGGCAGGGUACCGAGGAGGACUCGACACUAAGAACGACACUACAGGAAUAAAUUCUAUCUACACAGUCUAUCAGGGUCACGAGCUCAUGUUCCACGUUUCCACCAUGUUACCUUAUUCUAAAGAGAACAAGCAACAGGUAGAGAGGAAGAGACACAUUGGGAACGACAUCGUGACCAUCGUGUUUCAGGAGGGAGAUGACGCCUCGCCGUCCUUUAAACCCUCCAUGAUUCGCUCCCAUUUCACACAUAUUUUUGCCUUAGUUCGAUAUAAUAGCCAGAAUGAUAGUUAUAGGUUGAAGAUUUUCUCAGAGGAAAGUGUGCCACUUUUUGGUCCCCCUCUCCCUUCCCCACCAGUGUUCACGGACCAUCAGGAGUUCAGGGACUUUUUACUAGUUAAAUUAAUAAAUGGAGAAAAAGCCACUCUUGAGACCCCCACUUUUGCUCAGAAACGUCAGCGUACACUGGACAUGCUGAUCAGAUCCCUGUACCAGGAUCUCAUGCCUGACAUGCACAAGGUUCCCUUCUCUCCGCAGAACAUGCUGAAUCGACGCUCAUUCAGCGAUGUCCUGCCAGAGUCACCUAAAUCCGCCCGGAAAAAAGAGGAGGCACGUCAGGCUGAGUUCGUUAGGGUGGGACAGGCCUUAAAGCUAAAAACUAUAGUUCGAGGUGAUGCGCCCACCAGUCUAGUCACCACUGGCCUUUGCAGGAAAGAGCCAUGGGAGUCACAGUCGUUCUGCAGCAGCUUCCCUUAUGAUAUAGUCUGUGGAGACUCAUGGGGUCAGUCAUUACUGGUCGCCACAGAUUCAGCAGGAGUCAUGCUGCUGGAGGCUUCAGAUCCGCUGUUCUCCAAUGCAGAUUCACCAACCCUGCCUCCGGUGCAGGUAUUUGACAAAACCUUGACCGUCAAACAAAUGCACGUGCUUGAACCUCAGGACCUCCUCAUUGCAAGAGCAGACAAAGGGAAGGAUGCUCGACUGUAUGUUUACAGACUGAGCACACUCAAACAAGGUAUAGAGGAGCGACAGCUCGUCCGCACCAAGUGUGACAGUCGAGAGAACAAGCUUGAGAAAACCAAAGGCUGCCAUCUCUACUCCAUAAACACACAUCAUGGAGUGGAGCUCAGAAUUGUUGCGGCGAUAAGAAACAAGCUCCUUCUGAUCACCAGGAAACAGUCACGGCUCGAAUGUGUCAGCUCUAUCGCUACAGUCACAGGGAGCACAGACUCACCCGUAGAAGAGUUCCAGUACAUACGGGAGAUCUGCUUAUGUGACUCUCCGGUGGUGAUGGCACUGGUUGAUGGCCCGACAGGAGAGAAUGAUCACAUGAUUUGUGUGGCCUACAGACAUCAGUUUGACUUGAUCAACGAGAGCACUGGAGACGCCUACAGACUACAUCAUGUAGAUUCCAACCGGGUCAACUUUGUUGCUGCCAUAGACGUUUAUGAAGAUGGAGAGGCUGGACUUCUUCUUUGCUAUAACAAUAUCUGCGUCUAUAAGAAGGUGUGUCCGUUUAAUGGAGCCACACCCAUGAUUCAGCCCAACACUUCAGACUUUCAUUUUAGCUGGAACCAAAUGCCUAAUGCUACUGUGUGUGCAUUCCCAUAUAUACUCGCAUUCACCACAGACUCCAUAGAGAUCCGGCUAGUCGUUAAUGGAAACCUAGUUUAUACAGCUGUUGUUCCAGAAUUGCAGUUGACUGCAUCAAGAUCUGAUAUCUAUUUCAUCUCCUCAGCGCCUAUAAACUCUGCCUCUAACUGUAGCUCCAGAGACACUAGUUCCCAGAGUUCCCCUCAGACACCCACCGGCUAUGAGAUGCCUGUCUUCCCUUCACCGCUUGGAGAUGAUUGUAUUCGGAUCCCCUACGGCACCAAGCUUUCCCUCUACAUGUCUAAAGACUCUGAAGGUGAAACUCAAUCAAAACACAUCUAUAAGAUCCCUCUGAGUAACCUAGUUGGAAGGAGCAUAGAAAGGCCCCUCAAGUCUCCUCUGGUCAAUAAAGUGCUCACGGCACCGGCCCCCAGCAUGACCGGGCCUGCGCCCAUGAUCGGCAGCACCACCUCCCUCUCGCUGUCUCGCAUGGAGAUCAAAGAAAUUGCCAGCCGCACACGAAAAGAGCUGCUGGGUUUGACUGAGGAGCCCAGCAGUAAAGCAGAUGGCAACUCAGUGAAACAGAGAAGAAUGAGCAAGAAAAACAAAGAGGAAGAGCAGAAGAGAACAGCAGAGAUCAGCAUCGCCGAGCAAGUGGGCAUGGAGUCUGUAGAUGGAGAAACUGACAUCCAGCAGCUCUGUCCAUCUGGCUCAGAGGUGGAGGUGCGAGAUGACAGUCCACCCACAGCCAACCCUUUCACCUUCUCCACAUCGUUUGAGGAUGAUAUUUUGGACCUUAAGUGAUGACAAUCACAGUCUGUGGAUUAAAAUGCGCCUCUCACCUUAUUCAUCUUCCUACCUUUUACUUUAUAUCACUCUUCUCAUUGUGUUACGUCCUUCUCCCGCAGUCUGUCCACUCAUCUGUGUGCAAAUCAGUCCCCAGAGUUUACAGUGUGGCGAUGUCAAAAUUCACUCCUGGUGGAUGGAUGCAUGUGUGUGUGCGUAUGAUCCUGUUUAUUGGAAAGAUAGAAAUACAACUAAUUAUUAGCGACCAUUUCAGAAUUCUGCUUAGAGUAAAAACAAAACUGACCAAAAAUGCUGAAAAUGCCGAAGAAUCUGAAUUCUGUUUGAUUUCGUUUCUAUUAUGGAUUAGACACAUUCUCCUUCCGCUUUAAGACAAAUUUGUAGCUUUGUAGCAAACUUGUAGCCAUAUGAACAGAAAUAGGACAUUUAAACAAUAAACUGGCUUUAAAUGGUUUGAGCCAAGUUUUAAGGUCAAGGCAAAAUAUUACUUUUCUCUUCAAGACCUGAAUGUAAAAUCGACGCUCGUUACAUUUUUUAAUUCCUUAUUUUGUGUUUUUAAAUGUUUUCUAUGUUUGUGAUUUGUACAUUGUGUGAUUAUUUCAAAGUUGUAAAAAACUCUAUAUGCAUCUCGAACCAGGUGCACAUGAACAUACAAAUGUAAACAUACAAAUAUAUAUAUAAAUAUAUAUACAUACACCUUUCUAGUUCUACUGUAUUAUGAAGAAAUAAAACUCACUUCUUGUGUAUAUCAAUGUUACGGUGUAACCUGCCUUCACUCUCACCACGCUUUUUAACCCUGACAUGCAAACUUUUGGCAGAAAGGCAGGAGUCUCCCACAAGUGCCAUUUUCUACUGCACCCAUCAACCAGUAGAUCGCCCCCUAUCAGACAGACCAUGGAUUGCAUAUGUCAUGAGGCAGACGUCAACUAAAUCCAUUACAGAACAUGUUUUGUUUUGUUUUUCACCGCAUCUGCUGCUGUUUACUAUGCGUACAGUAUAAGCUUUAAUCCAUCAACAUCCACAUUCACGGGCACACAUUCUUAAAGUGCUGUUGCUCCUUGAAAAGGGCUCUGGAUCACCUGCAUGCCUCCCCUCCAUCCCACAACAAAAUAAAAGGGAUUUGAUAUAUUAAUGGUUUAGAAUUAGAAAGCAGUAUCUUCUCAUAGAUUUGGUACAAACUAACAGAAUUCUUUAAGGUUUUAAGUCAGGGUCACUUAGAUUAGAUCUCUCACUCUAGAUUACACAGCAAAAAAACUCUUUAUCAGUGUCUUUGUCUUGUUUUCUCAUAGAACUUAAAAUCAAGAUAAAUACAUUUGAGAAAUUAAUACUUUUUUGAAAACCUCAUUAAACCUAUUUUGCUUAAAGAAACACUAAAAGUUUCAUGGAAUAUUAAAAGUAAACAGUUGAGUUUUAGCAUUUUUUAAUCCAUUCAGCCGAUCUCUGGGUUUGACAGGAGCAUUUUUAGCUUAGCUUAUCAUAGAUCAUUAAAUCAGACUAGAGUUUAGCAUCUCGCUUAAAAAAAAGUUUUGAUAAAUUUCUUAUUUAAUGGCAGAUAAGGUCACAUGCAGCACUGUUACCUACUGUAGUUAUCUAGCUGGGGAUUCUUUUCAGGUGCUGCAUAAUAUUGAGCCAGCUGCAGCCAUGCAACAGCAGCAAAGUUCCUUGAUUAUUACGCCAGAAUGACUGUAUAGUUCCUAGCCAUAUCAGCCUAGAUAAUAGUGACUUUUAUUACAAUUUUAGUCUUAGUACAUGAUGUAACCACAGAGGAGUCAAUCUUUAAAUAGGAAAAUUAUCAAAACUCUACUGAUUGUUUUGAGUGUGAUGCUAAUGGUUCCAUCUGAUUCAAUGAUCUGUGCUAAGCCAAGUUAAAAGUGCUCCCAGCAGACCCAAGUAUAUCUGUCUGCAGACUGCAAGACGGGGGCACAAGAUGUAGGGGCGUAAUUUGUGGUAAGUUAGAGGCGUAACUUGCAGUUAUCGAGAUCCCAUAGAACCAUGAAAGAUGUCACAACGAGAUGUUGUUGGCUAGAUGGUGGACAUACUUACCAGAGUACAUUUUCAACAAAUAUUUUCGUGAGUUUUCUCCAAAUAUAUCCACAACAAAUUCCUUUGAUAUAUUAUAAUAUUAAUUCAUUUAGCAACUCCACUCAGUUAUUUCUGCAUUCGUUUUGUCAUGACAAUUAGCCUACUCGGGGUCGCCCCCUGUGGUUGCAAACAACAGAAUGACAAGCGUGUCAAGUAUAAAAAGCUGCUGCAUGCUAAAAACUGUGAUGGUUGGGUUAAGGUUUAGGGAAGGUGUAGACGUUAAUAAUGAUGAUGGUUGGGUUUAGGGUUGUGGUAGGUCUAGAUGGUUAGGUUUAGGUGUGGAGUGGGUGGUGGCUUUAAUAACUAUGUAUGGUUGUUGCUAGAUUAGAUAUGUUUGCGGCCGGAAGUAAAUGAGAAUUAUUUCUAUUAUUUAUUAAAUUUCCCAUUUAUUGUAUUUUAUUAACGUCUACCCCCACCCCAACCCUAAACCCAGCCGUCACAGUAAGGUAAAAACAGAAGUUGUAUUGGGUCUUGGCUUUAAUAACUAUGUACGGUUGUUGCUAGAUUGGAUACAUUUGCGGCCGGAAAAAAUUACUAAAUUACCCAAUAAAUUGUAUUUUUUAAUGCCUACUCCCACCCCAACCCUAAACCUAACCGUCACAGUACUGUAAAAAUAUUAAUUAUUGUUAUACAGUGUCAUGAAAAAAUGCUGCUAUAUAAAUGUGCAUAUUGCGCAUAUCCGAUAGUUGACAUGGCUCCAUAACUUCAUGUUACGCCUCUAACGUACUAAAAGUUACGCCCCUAAGGCCCCUUGAUGUUAUGCCCCUGUCUUGCAGUCCGCAGACAGACCCUACUUAGCAGACCCGGAGAUUGGCUGAAUGGAUUUAAAAAUUGUACAAUUGUACAAUUAUUUCUUUUAAAAAAGAGUUCCUUUAAAACUAUCUAUUUACCUAAUCUAUAAUAUAUACAUUAUUUCCCAAACAUAUAAUUUCAGGAAAAAAAAAACAGAUGUUAUGCUAAAACAGUGUUUUUUACAUGGAAAACAAUACAAAACCUUUGGGGGUUAAAAACAGUUUGCAGUGUAAAAUGAGAAGAAGAAUAUAGAUGUUUACAGUUCAAACUCAGAGAUGUUAAAAACUGUCAUCAAAGUGACACCAGAACACAAGAGCCUCAGGAACAGCACAAGAGGAGGUGUAAGUAUUAAAGCGCUUCGCUGAUUGCAUGUCGCUUCACGCUAAACCUUUCUUCAUCUCAGUGUAACUCACUCAACACUAGUAGCAGUCUGGACUAAAAAGGGAAAACUUGGGAAUAUUUUUGUAAAUUAAAAGUUUUCAAUAUUAUUUAUUUGCCAUUUGUUUUUUGAUGAGAAUAGAUGUGCAAGAGAUUGAUGGAAUAUAUUUUUUCUGUUGGCAUACUGUCUGUUGUUGUCUUCCCCAUCCCUCUGUUUACUCUCCUGAUUGUUUUUUGCAGUGGUUUUGUAUCUAUAUCAAUAUUAACUGUUUAGACUGUUGCAGAAAGUCUGUGAUAUCAGAAAUUAAACAAAAACAAAUAAAAAAAACACCAAGUGUCUUAAAAUAUUGUAUUGCCAUUGUUUUUAACGCCAAGUACUACUUGUAAAUGUUUGUGUUUCAGAUGUGGCCUCAAAAUCUACUACUACUAUUAUUAUUAUUAUAGCAUUUAUUUGAAAGUGCUGUAGCCCACUGCUGUAGUUAUUAUUGUUGAUAUGAAAUAAAUAUUUAUGAAAUUU